AUGGCCACGUUCGCCAGCCUGGGCCUGGCCAGCUUGGAGUCCCACGGCCUCGAGGCCGUCUCGCGGCUCGGCGGCGGUGCGGCCGCGGAGGUGCUGCUGGCCUGCAGGCUCGGUCGCCCGGAGGAGCUGUGCGUGGUGAAGACCGUCGCGCUGCGGGGCCUCGACUCGCGCGGCCGGCUGAGGGCGCUCCAGGAGGUGCAGGCCCUGAAGAAGCUCCGCCACCCGAACGUCGCCGUGUACCUCCAGAGCUGGUGGAACGGCGUGGGCCCGAACUCGGGCCGCCUGACCACCGUCACGGAGUACGCCGAGGACGGGGACCUGCGGGCCCCCCUGGCGGUUGGGCGGGCCAGGGACGAGGCGCUGGAGGGUCCCGUUGUCGCUGGCUGGCUGCAGCAGAUACUGCAGGGGCUCGAACAUUCGCCACGGCAUCGUCCAUCGGAACCUGAAGCCGGCCAAUGUUUUCCUGAAGGGACGUUGGCGCAUUUGCUUGCUUUCGGACUUCGACGUCCUCAUGGCGCUGGACAGCACCGCGACGGCUGCUGCCUUCUGUGGCGACCCACCUACUCCGCACCCGAGCUGCUGUGGAACCAGCGCUGCUCACCGGCAGCCGACCUGUGGGCCGCGGGCGUCAUCCUCCACGAGCUCCUGGCGCUCCGGCUGCCCUUCGAGGCCCCCUCGGCGGUCGAGCUGGUGCGGCAGGUCGCGUUCGCGCCCCUGGAGCUGUGCGGCCGCUUCGGCCUCUGA